AUGGCCACUGGCUGUGGGCAGGGCAGUGCUGAGAUGGCAUCUGGCUGUGGGCAGAGCAGUGCUGAGAUGGCCUCUGGCUGUGGGCAGGGCAGUGCUGAGGAGGCCUCUGGCUGUGGGCAGGGGAGUGCUGAGGAGGUCACUGGCUGUGGGCAGGGCAGUGCUGAGGAGGUCACUGGCUGUGGGCAGGGCAGUGCUGAGAUGGCCUCUGGCUGUGGGCAGGGCAGUGCUGAGGAGGUCACUGGCUGUGGGCAGGGCAGUGCUGAGGAGGUCACUGGCUGUGGGCAGGGCAGUGCUGAGGAGGUCACUGGCUGUGGGCAGGGCAGUGUUGAGGAGGUCACUGGCUGUGGGCAGGGCAGUGCUGAGGAGGUCACUGGCUGUGGGCAGGGCAGUGCUGAGGAGGUCACUGGCUGUGGGCAGGGCAGUGCUGAGGAGGUCACUGGCUGUGGGCAGGGCAGUGCUGAGGAGAUCACUGGCUGUGGGCAGGGCAGUGCUGAGGAGUCACUGGCUGUGGGCAGGGCAGUGCUGAGGAGGUCACUGGCUGUCUGCAGCAGCUUUUCUUUCUUCUUUUAUGCAUGCUGUGCUGGUAAAGGUAAAUAA